GCGGUUCCUCUGACGUCGCCGUCGAGCUGCUCGGCUGCGUCAGAGUCCAGCUGAGCGAAGAAGAAGGAAACAAGAAAUAAAAAGGGGAAAGAGGCUGAAAGGCCGGCGGAGAGCGCACGGACGGUGUCAGUGAGGCAGACCUGCGUCGUGUUGGCCGCGGACAGACGGACAGACAUGGAGGGCUCCACGGAGGAAGACCACAAAGAGAAAUUACUGUGGACCGUGAAGCGGGAGGUGAAGCAGAUUAUGGAGGAAGCUGUGACUAAGAAAUUUGUCCACGAAGACAGCAGCCACAUCAUUGCUCUGUGCACCGCCAUCGAGGCCUGCAUGGGUCACAUGCUGAAGAGACGGGCAGCCGGUUUCCUCCGCAGCGACAAGAUCGCCGCCCUCUUCACCAAAGUCGGCAAAGUCUAUGAAACGGCUGGCGAGGUUUGCCGUAAAGUGCAGGAGCAACUCCAGCAGCAGGCUGAUCUCACCAGGAGAGCCCAGAGUGUGGGCCACGAACCUCUGAGGAGACAGGGCUCGUCCACCACCAGCCGCCCCCCUCAGCCCCUCUCUGCCCAGGCCAUCAAACACAUCUGGGUCCGAACGGCUCUCUUCGAGAAGGUUCUGGACAAAAUAGUGCAGUACAUCGUGGACAACUCCAGUAAAUACUAUGAGCGGGAAGCUCUGAUGCAUGACUCAGUGUUCGGGCCCAUCUUGGCAGCCCUACUGGUGGGGCCCUGCGCUCUGGAGUACACCAAACUAAAAACGUCAGAUCAUUUCUGGACGGACCCCUCAGCCAACGAGCUAGUUCAGCGUCACCGUAUCCACGGGGCCCACCGGGGCCAGGACACAUCGGCGGGCCGGCGGCCUGCUCUCGGGAUCCGGAAGCGGCAGUCCAGCGGCAGCAUGUCAGAGGACAGGUUUGCUGCGUCAGCGAGGGAAUAUGUUGAGUCUCUUCACCAAAACUCCAGAACACACCUUCUCUACGGCAAAAACAACGUCCUGGUCCAGCCGAAGAAGGACAUGGAGGUGUUGCGGGGCUAUCUGUCACUUCACCAGGCUGGCGAUAACCUCACCCUGAAGUGGACGCCCAACCAGCUCAUCAACGGCACACUGGGAGACUGUGACCUGGAGAAGAGUAUCUACUGGGACUACGCUCUGACUGUCCCUCUGCGCCAGAUAGUGUGUAUCCACUGUCACCAGCGCUCUGACUGUGGUGGGACGCUGGUUCUGGUCAGUCAGGAUGGGAUCCAGCGGCCGCCUCUCCACUUCCCCCCCGGUGGUCACCUGCUGGCCUUCCUCUCCUGCCUGGAAACAGGCCUUUUACCGCGGGGGCAGCUGGAGCCCCCCCUCUGGUCCCAGAAAGGCAAGGGAAAAGUCUUCCCGAAACUGAAGAAGAGGAGCAGCACUGCCCGCCUCAUCGACCAAGACAGGAACGGUGAGGAGCAGACAGCUGCUGACUACGUGUUUCGCAUCGUCUACCCCGGAUACCGAUACGACGCCAUCACUAUAAACUACCACCACACCACGGGCAGCCGCGCUCCGUCGCUGGACGAUGACGAGGAAGAGGAAGAUAGGCUCCAUGCAAUGAUCUCAAUGAUCUGCUCGCGGAACCUCACAGACCCUAAUGUCAUGAAAGACCACGGGGAUAUGAUGGAGAUGCAGGGAUUCGGAGGCAGCCCAUCGUCUUGGCAACAAGCCGAAGGAACCGCUCACGAGUCGCUGUGCCUGUCCUGCUCCACGGCCGGCAGCAACGUGUCGUUCGACUACCCGGCCGGCUGCACCUGCAUACACGAGCCGUCAGACAUCCACACAAUUCCUCUAAAGAUGCUCUGCCAGAACAUGAAGAGGCAGAUCGUCUCCAGAGCCUUCUACGGAUGGCUGGCCUACUGCCGACACCUUUCCACUGUGCGGACUCACCUGUCAGCUCUGGUCAACCACAACAUCGUCCCCCCAGACAGACCCUGCGAGGCAUCUGGGGGCCUCAGCAAGGAGGUGUGGAGCAAGUACCAGAAAGACUGCAAGAACUAUAAGGAGCUGGAGCUGCUGAGGCUGGUUUACUAUGGCGGGGUGCAGCACGACAUCAGGAAGGAGGUCUGGCCUUUCCUGCUGGGACACUACAAGUUUGGAAUGGGCAAAAAGGACAUGAGCCAGAUUGAUGCCAAGAUCAGCGAGCGCUACCAGCAGGUGAUGCGGGAGUGGAAGGCCUGUGAGGUGAUCGUCAAGCAGAGGGAGAAGGAGAUGCAGUCGGCCAUCUUUGCCAAGCUGUCCUCAGGCAGCAGCAUCGACAGUCACGUCCUGCGACUCGUUCACAGAGACUCCACGCUCAGCAACGAGGUGUUUAUGUCGGUGGAUGAGCCGGAUGCAGGAAGCCAGGAGACCCCCAGCGGAGAGGACAGUACCCCCACCAUGACCACCCUGGUGCCCCCCGCAGCCGUCCCCCCAGAGGAGCGACCUCUGGUGGAGUUUGACUCCCCGGACUCGGGUCUCCCCUCCUCCAGAAACUACUCAGUGACCUCUGCUCAUUCCCAGAUCCUGUCCAGCAUAGACGACGGUCAGAGCACCGAGGGGGAAGGGGGGGGCGGGGAGGAGGGCAGGACUGCGGGUGUGCUGGGGGGGCGUCAGGACUCACUGACUGAGGACAGGCUGUGCAGUCAGCUGGACAAACUGGUGACCAAUGGAGCAGCUGCAGAGGCCAUAUCCCCCUCACUGUCCUCAUACACAAUCGAGCUGCUGGACACCGUCGCUCUCAACCUCCACAGGAUAGACAAAGAUGUGCAGCGCUGCGACCGCAACUAUUAUUACUUCACCUCAGCCAACCUGGAGAAACUACGCAACAUCAUGUGCAGCUAUGUGUGGGAGCACUUAGAGAUGGGCUACGUUCAGGGCAUGUGUGACCUGCUCGCUCCACUCAUGGUCAUCCUGGAUGAUGAGUGCCUGGCAUACAGCUGUUUCACUCAGCUAAUGAAGAGGAUGAGUCAGAACUUCCCCAAUGGCGGCGCCAUGGACACACACUUUGCCAACAUGAGGUCACUGAUCCAGAUCCUGGACUCUGAGCUGUUUGAACUGAUGCAGCAGAAUGGAGAUUACACUCACUUCUACUUCUGUUACCGUUGGUUCCUGCUCGACUUCAAGAGAGAGCUCCUGUACGAGGAUGUGUUUGCGGUGUGGGAGGUGAUCUGGGUGGCUCCCAGGAUUUCCUCGCAGCACUUUGUCCUUUUUCUGGCAUUGGCCCUGGUCACAGUUUACCGUGAGAUCAUCAUGGACAACAACAUGGACUUCACUGACAUUAUUAAGUUCUUCAAUGAGAUGGCUGAGCGUCAUGAUGUCCAACAUAUCUUGAAGAUAGCACGUGAACUGGUGCACAAAGUACAGUCUCUGAUGGACAACAAGUGACUAUAGAGGAGGAAGAGGAGGUAGAGAAGGAAUGGGAGGAUGCAGAGGGAGAGUGUCCACCCCUGCAGGACAUUCAGUUCUUCCUCUCAUCGCUCAGAGAGAAAGAGUGUUUCCCGGCCUACACCCAUCCAGAGCAGGUCCAGGGAGUCCAGGUCUCCGCCCUGCCCAGAAGAAGCCCCUGGGAAUGGGGUAGAAGUGCUGCUGGAGUGGCCUGGCUCUGGAGCCCGGCCUCGAUCUGUUUACAUUUCACAUGGAAUGCCCAUGGUGUCCGUCCAGACAUGUGGAUUUGUCUGCAUGCUUGUGAGUUUGAUCGCACUGUGAACACAUUCUUGAGUCUCCCCCAGUCCUGCAGAGCUUGUGUGCGUGCAUGAAAACAUACACACACACCCUCCAAAACAACAUCAGCUCUAUCAAUACUCCAGUUUUCGAAAGUGUCACCCUUUUCCUGACUCUGAACCAGAAAAUGUUGGAUGCUUGUCAGGAAGGCUUCUCAAAAGGUGUUUCUCCAUGCAAUGCCAGCGGAGGCCACGGGAGGGCAGGAUUUACACACAGCAUUGUGAGAGGAGCAGAAGACUUAGCCACGAAGAAGUUUUCAUUAGUGACCAAAUGGACUGUGCCAACUACCUUUUCAUGAGUGUUUUAUACAGCAAGCAUGUGUUUUUAUCCCCACCUUUUUUCUUUUCAUCCGAGACUUCAUUGUCACACAAAUGUUGCCUUUAUCAGUAACAGCCCAAGGUACUGAGUUGCACUUUUUGUGAGGGUUUCCUUCAUGGUGCUUGUGAAGGCGUAACCAGAAUUCGUGGGGGCCGGAGGCACCACAAAGAGGCCAAAACGUUGAGGAUGGAUGAACUGCAGCCAGCUUUCCUGAGCAUGUUCGUCAGAGGUUAAUGCAUGUUUAAUCCUCAUUCCAAGAAAGAAAAAAAACUGAGCAGAGCACAACAGUAAAGACAAAGCACACAGGCCUUCUCUCCUAUUCCAGUCUACAACUUUCGCAUGUCUCUUUUGUAGUGCCAUAGUUUUUGUUCAGGGUUUCAGCUACCAGUAGGGGUGCUGAGAUCAAAGCUUCGGUAACAUUUUGGGGAAUUUGGGGUGUUAAAUGACAGGAGGAAUUAGAACUGCAUGAUUACACAUGUCAGCUUUUUACUGCUGAUAUUUUAUAUUUUUAGAAUAAAUAUCUUAAAAUGUCACUGAUUUUAAGCGAAACUAUUAAUUAAAAUAAAGGGAUGUUUGGAGCACUAUGUUGGGAAAUACUGAAUAAAAACUUUUAAAUAUAAUUUAAAAAUAAAUGACUGAAACUGGCAAAAUUAAAAAAAAAAAACAGCUGAGAAACACACACAUGAACAGACUUUUUUGGAUUAUAUAUGUUAUACAUGAGGUUUUAAAAUGUAAGGCUACGUACAAACACAAUGCUUAGAAGUAAGAUAAAGUCAUUGAUGGUUUGGGUCUUUCUAUGGACUUGUUGACCGUAGUAAAAAUAUUAACAUUUCCAGCCUUGUCCUUUACAAAAGUUAAUGUUCUUUUUUGAGGCGAGAGUCAAACAUGCUCACUAUUCAAGACGACUUGUUGCAUUUCGGAUUGCUGUCAGGAAAAGUGGUUGCAAUCGUCCGUGUGGAACCUGAUUUUCCUGCUGCCUAAAGUCCAGUCUCGGAAAAUAAAUCAUGCUGGGACGGGAUUGGUCAAAUGAUAAAUCUAUUGUGUGAGAAGAAUUUGCUUCUCUAGUGUUCAGUGAAUCAGUAUUACAAUGCUUUUGGCUUCACAGUAACAGCACAGAGUACACUCGUGUUUGUAUCUGAAGGGAAUCUGGGAAAUUUUUGAUACUGUUUCCAACCCCCCCCCCCCCCUUGUCAGUGUGACCCUUUAUAUCCACGUCUCCUUAAAAUGUCCAACACGGCUGCAUAUGAUUGGUCAUCCAGCACGGACCUGCACCUGUGAUUCAAGUGCCAAGAGUCUUCCCCAAUCCUGAAGUGUACUGUAGUCAUCCGGCUCUCUGAUUUGCUAGUUUGAUCCCAGGAGCGGGCGGUGGUGUGGAUGUACCUCGCUACGGCCUCUCCCCCUCCACCACCCAGCCGCCACGGCGACGGCGGAGGGUCGUUGGGGGCCCGUAGCAGAGCUUUUUCUUCCAAUCAGGACAUUGUGUACCAAAGCCUUGAAACAGCCCCCUCUGUGGCAUGACGACAAUGUGCAAUUUCAUACUGCAUUUUGAAGACUGACUGUUUACUAUGUGUGUAAAAUAUUUUUGAAAAUGGUGAUCUUGGAAUCUUUAACUACUGUGCAAUUUGUUGUUUGAGAAAAUCCAUCAAAGUCUAUAUUGCUGUACAUACAAACGGAAAGCCCAAUAUUUCUAUGAAGACAGUCAGAACAUAUAUUACUUAUUUUGAGAUCUAUUUUUUAUGUUGGUUUUAGCAGCACUAGCUGGAGGUGUGUACUGUGCAGAGAUGCAGAAUGUGUGCAGACUAUGUUACACGUUGACUGUUAAGUGUUCUUUCUCAAUGUUGUGCACUGACUUCAAGAUUUCAAAUUUCUAUUUAUUUAGAGAGCCAGUGAUUGCAUUGCUGAAUAUGUAUUGGUAAGGAUGUAUCAUUUGCCUUGAAUGUAAUGUAUUAAUAAACAAGAGGUUAUUCAAUA